AUUAUGACAAGUGCCGCUCUCGUUGUAGUUGUAAGCAGCAGUAGCACACCAACACAGGAUACAAAAAAUACAAACAGUCAAAUACACUACGUUUCGGGUCCACGUGGUCCUCCUGGAAGAGACGGACUUAAUGGAAGAGACGGAAUUCAAGGAAUUCCUGGAAUUCCAGGCUUACCUGGAAGAUUAGGAGUCAAAGGAUCAAGGGGAGACACUGGGACAGGAAGUCCAGGUGCUCCUGGCAUUUCAGGGAAAUCAGGGCCUGAAGGAGAAAAAGGAGCUGAUGGAAGUAAGGGAGAAAAAGGUGACGCAGGAAGACCGGCUAGAUCCGGAUUGACGGGUACCACGUAUAUUCAAUGGGGAAGAAAACAUUGCUCUGCUCUUGGCGUUCAAACUCUAUAUUCGGGUAUCGCUGCUGGAUCACACUACAGUCAUUCUGGAGGUGGAGCUAACACUCAGUGUCUUCCACUUGAUCCUGUAUGGGGAUAUUACAAAGACGGUCACCAAGGAGCAACCUAUAUUUAUGGAUCAGAAUAUGAACUUGGUAAUGGCAUUCAACCAUUCAUCAAUAAAGCAUUGUACCAGUACGAGGUUCCUUGUGCUGUGUGUUACGAUGCCAAUAAAAACACUCAAUUUAUGUUACCAGCAAAGAACAUCUGUCCCACUGGAUGGAGUAGAGCAUAUUAUGGAUAUCUCAUGGCAGAACACCAUACUCAUCAUGGAAGGAACAUGUACGUGUGUGUCGACCACAACGCAGAGCCUACUGGCAGUAGCAACAACAAUAACGGCAACUUGUUCCAUCCCGUAGAGGCCACGUGUGGAUCUCUUCCUUGUCCUCCAUACGUAAACGGUCGAGAACUGACAUGCGCAGUCUGCACAAAGUGACGUCUAUUAGAGUGACAACUAAGUUUUAGAACAUGUAAGAUUUCGUGAACAUUAUAUACAUUAUAUGUGUUGCAUUUUUGUACCAACGAAUGAAAAUGUUUACAGCGAAUGACAUGGUUUGGUUUUCAAACAGUAAAGCUAAAAAUCUGAUUAUUAUCUCUUACUACAAUCGCUAUUAGAUUGGUAUAGCAACAGAG